CACUGCCUGUGUUGAACUGAAGAAAUUUGAAGAAGCAAUCACUUGGUGCGAUAAGGGUUUAGCUAUUGACAAAAACAAUAGGAUCUUGUUGUCAUUAAGAUCUCAGUCUGUCAGUGAAGUGGGAGAUAAGUCCAUGGAGGAAAAAGAUCCUAUUAGUCAUGACCACGGUAGUGCAAGUUCAGGUGAUGUCAAGAAAGUCAUAGACUUCAAUAAUCAGGGAGACAAGCAUGGGAAGGGUAACUAUUAUGGCAAUCUUGGCGAUUUGUAUCUGAUACAUAGUGAUCUCAAAAAAGCAAUAGAGUGCUACAACCAAGAUCUUAAAAUAGCGAAAGAUAUAGGUGACAAGCAAGGGGAGGGUUUUUUUUUAAGUAAGCUUGGAAUUGCUUAUCACGAAACGGGUGAUUUUAAAAAAUCCGUAGAGUGCCACAACCUACAUCUUAAAAUAGCUAAAGAAGUAGGAGACAAGCAUGGGGAGGGUAACGCUUAUGGCAAUCUUGGCAAUGCUUAUGACAGUCUGGGUGAUUACAAAAAAGCCAUUGAGUGCCACAACCUACAUCUUAAAGUAGCUAAAGAACUAGGAGACAAGCAUGGGGAGGGUGACGCUUAUGGCAAUCUUGGCAAUGCUUAUCAAAGUCUGGGUGAUUUCAAUAGAGCCAUAGAGUACUACAACCUAGAUCUUACAAUAACUAAAGAAGUAGGAGACGAGCAAGAGGAGGGUAGAGCUUUUGGCAAUCUUGGCAUUGUUUAUGAAAGUCUGGGUGAUUUCAAAAAAGCCAUAGAGUACCACAACUUAGAUCUUAAAAUAGCUAAAGAAGUAGGAGACAAGCAUGGGGAGGGUGGUGCUUAUGGCAAUCUUGGCAAUGCUUAUAAAGGUCUGGGAGAUUUUAAAAAAGCCAUAGAGUACCACAACUUAGAUCUUAAAAUAGCUAAAGAAGUAGGAGACAAGCAUGGGGAAGGUUGCGCUUAUGGCAAUCUUGGCAAUGCUUAUUACGGUGUGGGAGAUUUUAAAAAAGCCAUAGAGUACCACAACCUACAUCUUAAAAUAGCUAAAGAAGUAGGAGACAAGCAUGGGGAGGGUAAGGCUUAUGGCAAUCUUGGCAAUGCUUAUCAAAGUCUGGGUGAUUUCAAUGGAGCCAUAGAGUACCACAACCUACAUCUUAAAAUAACUAAAGAAGUAGGAGACAAGCAUGGGGAGGGUCACGCUUAUGGCAAUCUUGGCAAUGCUUAUCACAGUCUGGGUGAUUUAAAAAAAACCAUAGAGUACCACAACCUACAUCUUACAAUAGCUAAAGAAGUAGGAGACAAGCAUGGGGAGGGUCACGCUUAUGGUAAUCUUGGCAUUGCUUAUCAAAGUCAGGGUGAAUUCAAAAAAGCCUUAGAGUACCACAACCUACAUCUUAAAAUAGCUCAAGAAGUAGGAGACAAGCAUGCGGAGGGUAAUACUUAUGGCAAUCUUGGCAAUACUUAUCACGGUCUGGGUGAAUUAAAAAAAGCCAUAGAGUACCACAACCUAAAUCUUAAAAUAGUUAAAGAAAUAGGAGACAAGCAUGGGGAGGCUAGUGCUUAUGGCAAUCUUGGUAAUGCUUAUCGAUAUCUGGGAGAUUUGAAAAAGGCCAACGAGUUAUACUGCCUAUUGCUCAAACUUGCCAAAGAGGUCGAAGACCAAUCCUUAGAGGCCCUCGCCUACUAUCUUUUAGGAUGUGUUUUUGAGGCGCAGGGUGGACUGCCAAAAGCCGUUGAACAUUUCCGAGCGAGCGUAAAGUUAUACAAUUCAUUGAGAGUACUUCUUAAGUCUAAAGAUGAGUGGAAAGUUAAUUUUCGAAAUAAGCACCAAAAUGCGUAUUCGGGUUUGUGUAGCGUUCUCGUAAAACAAGGUAAUAUAGAUGAGGCCUUAUUUGCUGCUGAGAAAGGACGAGCUCAAGCUCUGACCGACCUCAUGGAAUCCAGUUUUUGGGGUAGAACAGGGCAGCACAAGGGAAGCGAUGAAGAUUUAGCAGAUUUAAAAAACGUUCCAUCAGACAUUAUCUUUCAGGUAGUGGACGAAGCUGACGUCAAUCUUUGGUUUGUUUCCGAAGGAAAACAAGUUCAGUUAAGACAAAGUAACCUCACUGAUUCUGUUUCAGAGAAUAGUGGAGCUAGGCAAUCCUUUGAGUCGUUCAUACACGGUGUCUAUACACAAAUUGGUGUUCGUUCCAAUGUGAGAUGCGAGAAUCGAUCUUUGGAUGCUUUGAGGGAGAGCCGUUCAAAAGUGGAUGUGAAAACUAAAGAAGACAACCCUCACCCUCCCAUCCAACAAGACGAACGCGGCCUAAGCACUUUGUAUGAUACCCUCAUGAAGCCGGUGGCUGACCUGGUUAAAGGGGAUGAGCUACUCAUUAUUCCCGAUGGAUCCUUGUGGCUCGCUCCUUACGCUGCAUUGAAGGAUGGUAAUUCUAAAUACCUGUGUGAAUCGUUCAGAAUCCGACUCGCUCCAUCGUUAACAAGUCUUAGACUCAUUUCCGAUUGCCCAGAUGAUUAUCACAAAAGCAGUGGUGCGUUACUUGUAGGAGAACCGUGUUUAGCCGAGGUUACUAAUAGGAAGGGAAAGAAAAUUUUUUUUGCGCCGCUUCCGUGUGCUAAAGAAGAAGUAGAAAUGAUCGGAAAAAUUCUGAAUAUCACGCCAAUCACUGGCAGACAGGCCACGAAACGUGAGGUGUUGAAAAGACUCAGUUCCGUUUCCUUAGUUCACUUUGCGGCACACGGAUGUCCGGAAACUGGCGAAAUUGCUCUUACACCUGACCUAGACCGAAUAUCUACUGUGCCUACGGAGAAGGAGGAUUACAUUUUAACGAUUCGAGAUGUGUUGAAUGUUCAACUUCGCGCCAAACUUGUUGUGCUCAGUUGCUGCCACAGUGGUCGGGGCGAGAUCAAGGCUGAAGGUGUGGUUGGCAUUGCGCGCGCUUUUAUGGGGGCUGGUGCUCGGUCUGUUGUGGUGUCCCUGUGGGCGAUUGAUGACGAGGCUACUCUCGAGUUCAUGAAAUGCUUUUAUCAACACCUUGCAGAAGGUAAACCUGCAAGCGAGUCACUGAACCUGGCCAUGAAAAGCCUCAGAGAAUCAGACAAGUUCCGCGACAUCAAAUACUGGGCGCCCUUUUUGCUGAUUGGAGAUGACGUCACUCUUGACUUCAUGACUCGAAAGCGAAAACUCAAUCAUUCAUCGACAGGUAUUCCAAUGAAAACCCACAAAUGUUCCAGUAAUCAAGCCGAGUAAACAUCCGAUUAGGCAAUAAGGCAGGUUUUCUACGAACAGAAAUUACACCUAUAGCCAGUAAAAUUACAAUACACACGAAAUACGAUAGAACUUACUGACUGUUUCGAGUUAAGAGUGACUAUAACUCAAGAAUUUUGGUAAGCAAAACAUGCCAGCACAAACACGGCGACUAGGUCUUUUUCGACAAAGCACAUGGCCGACGUCCCGGAUGUUGACGUCAAAAUGCAAUUUUUGGCUAUUGUUCAUUACUUUUUACUAUUUUGCUCAAUGGAACUUGAGAUAUGUAACUUUACUUUGGUGAAGAAAUAAAAACAGACUAUUUCAUUAUAUUUUGAUCGGUGGAGUUUUCUUUUUUUCUUAACUGUACAAAUUUAAAUGCUUGCGAAGAGAACGAAAUGUAACAAGGCAGUUGAAGGCGAUUGCGAGGUUUUCGUUUUCGCCAAAAUGACACUCAGCUCCAUUCCUGUAUUACAAUCAGCUGUAUGGAAAACAAUUAAAAGGUUUUUUUUGUAUAUAACCAGGAGCUUGUCCACAGGGUUUUCAUUGCGUUUAUAUUCUAAGCUUUUGAUAAGCAAAGAAACCGUUCGUCAUUGGCAAAAGUUGACGAAAUUUUAAUUUCAAAAAUUUGAAU